UGCAGCCACGGACAGAGUGUGUGCAGCAGAGAGGGAGAGCGGUCGAGAGACAUACACACUGACUGAGGGACGAGAACAGACAGAAACACCGGAGCACACUGAUGUCUCUUUCUUACAUUUUCAUUUGAAACAGGAGCAAAGGAAGAACAGGCAGACAGACAGGUAAAUCAGACAGACAGGUAAAUCAGACAGACAGGUACAUAAGGUGAACCUCUUCUAGCUCUCCUCUGAUGAUGGACGAUUACACACUUCCCUUCUGGAUUUACCUGGGUGUCUUGACUGUGUUCAUUGGCGGAGCCAUGAAGAAGAUUUUGGCGUCCCACCUGAGCGCAGCGCCCCCCCUGGUGGCCUGGCUGGGGGCCACUGUGCUGGUGGAGCGGCUGUGGGCUUUCUGCCUGCCUGCCGUGCUGCUGCUGGCGCUACUCGGCCUCGCCUGCUGCCUGUAUUCCGCCGCCAGGACCGGUCCGCAACCAGCCCUGCCUGCCCACGGCAAGGCGGUCUUCAUCACUGGCUGUGACUCUGGUUUCGGGAACGCAGCGGCAAAGCAUCUGGACACUCUGGGCUUCCAGGUGUUUGCCACAGUGUUGGACCUAUCAGGAGACGGAGCCAGAGAGCUGCAGAGGACCUGCUCCCCCCGCCUCACCCUCCUCCAGGUGGACAUUACCCAGCCACAGCAGGUCCAGCAGGCGCUGCUGGACACUAAGGCCAAACUGGGCCUUAAAGGUCUGUGGGGGUUGGUGAACAACGCUGGAGUGUGUGUGAACUUCGGAGACUCCGAGCUGUCGCUGAUGUCAAAUUUCCGCGGCUGCAUGGAGGUCAACUUCUUCGGCACGCUGAGCGUCACCAGGAGCUUCCUGCCACUGCUGCGACAGGCCAAAGGACGCAUCAUCACCAUCUCCAGCCCUGCAGGUGACCAGCCGUUUCCCUGUCUGGCAGCAUACGGAGCAUCUAAAGCAGCCCUGAACCUCUUCACCAACACUCUGCGACAUGAGCUGGAGCCCUGGGGGGUCCAAGUCUCCACCAUCCUGCCCUCCUCAUACAAGACAGGUCAGUCCAGUAACCACACCUACUGGGAGCAGCAACACAAGCAGCUGCUGCAGAGUCUGUCUCCGGCACUGCUCGAGGACUACGGCGAGGACUACGUGACCGAGACCAAGGAGCUCUUCCAGAGCUACGCGAGCCAGGCCAACCCCGAUCUCAGCCCCGUCAUCGACGCCAUCGUCCAGGCGCUGCUGUCGCCGCAGCCGCUCAUCCGUUACUUCGCCGGGCCCGGUGUCGGCCUCAUGUACUUCAUCCACAACUACUGUCCCUUCAGCAUCAGCAACCGCUUCCUCCAGAAACUGUUUUUGAAGAAGAAGCUGAUGCCGCGUGCUCUGAGGAAGCAGUCAGGCUUUGACCUGAACCUCAGCCUCCACAACAACAACAACAACAACAACAACGAGGAGAAACUCAAGUAGCUGUGAGACAGUAGAAACAUCCAGAUGGUAUAGUCCUGCAGAGAUAGAGGACCACUUCUGUAACGCACUCAUAGAGCUGUAUCCUGUCCUUUUCUAUGUGCUGUUUUUAAAUUGUUCAAGGGAUCAUGGAGAUGCACCAAAAUGGUUUCUGUUUGUCUCUGUAUUGUCUGGCCUCAUGACGCCCCCCGGUGGACAGCGGGGACACACCUGGAGGUCACGGGGCAGGUUCUGGUUGAGGUAGCGCCGCAGCCACAGGUCGAUCAUAGAACACUUCAACUCCAUCAGCAAGAUCAGCUGUACUGUACACACACCGAGAGUCACGCUGACUUCAUGUGCCUUCAUCACACAGAGGGAAGAAAGACGAGAUAAAGAUGCUGGAUCAGCAGAAUGAAUCAACACUACAGCAGCUUGUUGAACAAGUGACACGAGAAAAACAGCCAAAACACAGAUGCAGACAAACAUCCACGUUCUCGUUUUAUGUGUUUAACUAAAUCUACAUCAGCGUGGCUGAAGGCAGAUCAAGCCUUCAUCUUAUUUCAUGGUUUUAGCUUCUUACAAUCACUUCUUACUCAACAACUUCAUAGUUAGCACACAAACUGCUUCCUGGUCUGAUAUGACCCUCUGGUCUGUCCAUAGUUGUGUGCACCUGGCCGGACCAGGAAGUGCACUGAACCUCCUGAAAUAUUCUGCAAGCUUUGUGACGCAGUGAAGGCUCCUUGCUGAGGGACUGUGGCAGGCGAGGUAAGCAGCUUCUUCAUUGACAGACAUCACUGUGGCUCUGUGUCAUUGUAGACCGGGAGGGGUCGCGUAAAAUGGGAACAAACUCCACCCGUGUGGGACGUCAGGCGCCUUGAAAACAAGCUGCUGUAGUGACGCCUCCGUCCACCAGCCCGCAGGUUUCAGACAUCUCUGAAAAUAUUUCCCAUUUAGAAAACAACAUAUUGAAAUAUAUUCAUGCUGAAUCUCAGUUUAAAACUGCGACAGCAGGAAGCAGAUGGAAUUCUUUCAAAACAAAAGGACACGUUCAGUUGUCUUGUUUGUUUCAUCUCACAAAUCCAGAAUAUAUGAACUUCAUUAGAUUUGCCAAGGGGCAGGUUUGCUUAUCAGACCCAAAUAUAAGUACAAAUAUCAGACUUCCUGUUUAGACAUCUGACCUUCAUAAUAAAAGCACAAACGUGAUGAAUAAUAACUAUGGCAGACUCUACAGUUUUUUUAUUUGAACUAUUACUUUUUUUUCUUUUUCUUUUUUUUUUUUUGCUUUAACGUAUCAUUGUGAAUGAAAUGUUGGGUGUAAUGGUUGUCAUGACUCCAUCAGUGUUUAGACUGGUUCCCUAUAAGCUUCACUUUCAGUCUACAGCUCUGUCAGGUGCCAGGUGUGAUCAUCUGGGAAAUGAAGGCUGACUGCUGGCACCACUUCUGUCUGAUUUUUCUCCUCGUGUUUCCUUCUCCUCUCCCUCCACCCUGACACCGACCCCUGAUGUAGUUACUUGUUUGCAAGAAGCAACACAAACUGUUAUUUCUCCAUUGAAUUACGACAGUUUCACCUCAGUGAAUGUGCUUCUUUCUUCUCUCUUCUUUCCAAAGUGCUGUUGAUUGUUUCUUCACUGCAAUUUGGAAACAAGUGCAGCGUCCUGUGUGUUGGUAGCCGCCCGGGUGUCUUUAUGACAGCGGCGCAACAAUGAUACCGCUCAGAAAUGUUGCUGUUUUCACUUUAAAUCUUAUUAUCAUGUGGCCAGGCAAGGCUAUGACUAUGUACUGGCACUGAGACACACAGGAACACACACACACACACACUCAGGAGAGAGCCUCUGCUAGCUCUGCUGCUAGCUGCUAGCUGCGCUGCUGCACAGGUACCCACGGUGUCUCAGGGACAUAGAUGAUGUUCUGGUCUGCAGCAGUCUUCCUUCCUGAGAGUAGCUGCUGGUUCGUCUCCACCCAUGCUACACUGAGCGCCGGUCAGUCGGUGUCUGCCGUGCCGCCCCCCCACCCUCCACUUCACACACACAAUGACCUUUGUGGCGAUAACACAGCAACAUUUCUGCUUUUUUCCUUUGUCUUCAUGAAAAAUGGAAAAUAAACUGAACAUAUAUAUUUUCAAGUAUCUGUAACUUUUCAAAUGUGCUUUUAUUCUAAAGGUCAGAAGCAGAAGUCUUAUUUUUAUGUGAUUAUUUUACUUUUCAGCAUUAAAAAUCAGCAAAUGUAAAAGUUAAAGCCUCAGCAGACUCACUUGAAAACCAGAUAAUCCAGUUCUAUUUUGGUUGGUUGAUAAUAAACCACAGAAACGUUUUUCUGCUCUUGACAACAGAAAAUUCAGUUUUCUUGUUUCUGACCAGUUUUAUCUUCAUCUUCAGGUUCUUUGAAUGUUGCUUCAUCUUGUGGUGUGUUUUUUGUGAUUCAGUAUAUGAACAUUAAUAAAGCAUGUAGCAGUUUUCAUACGUGAUUAAUCAGACAAAAUCAAAACCUCAAUUUUACAACGUUAUUCCAAAUGCAGGUCUAUUUAUUGUUCUGUAGAUAAGAGUCACAAACGAAGUUCUUGGAAUAUUUUUGCACUUGUUCAGCAAGUGUGUUUCUGAGGUCUGUGGAAACUGUCUGUCCCUCGCCAGAUUUAACCUCCCCCCAUUCUUCUCAUUGGUCCUUUCUUUGUUUUUCAGCCCAGUGUUUGUUUUUGAAUCAAACUAUUUAUGGCAUCUCAUCUUGUAUCAUCACUUAAACUGUGAAUUUUGUAUUUAAAGGAAAUUUUAAAAAACAACAAAAAUAUGAUGUAAAAUGUUCACUUGGUUCAUUCUUUGAUAGAAAUAAAGUCGACUUUUUCAGA